UGUUUAUUUAGUUCAGUAGGACAAUCCAUUAAUUUAAAACUAAUUGAAAAGCCCUACCAAAAUCAUGGCCAAUUUGAACAACUCCGCACUAAAAAAGGCUUGGAUCCUUGUCUCCCUGGCUUUGACAGUCGCCAUUUUGAAACCAGUGGAAUCUACUCCGCUAGCAUGUACCAAUAGACACGCGAAAAAUCAAAGUUCCAGAUCAGGAGUAAUCGCACCAGAGUUGAGAUGGCCAAAUGCAACCAUGCCCUACAAAUUUACGGCGACAUUUCCCGCCUCAUAUCGCACCCUUUUCGAAAACGCGAUCCGUCACAUCACCGGCCGAACGUGUUUCCGAUUUAAGCCAUACACCUUCGAAGGCAGCUACGUCGUCAUCGACCAGGAAUUAGGUUGCAGCGCCGAAGUCGGGCGAAUCGGUGGCAUGCAAACCCUCUCCCUCGCCACGGGGUGCAACACGCUGGGAAUUUUCAUCCACGAAGUCGUCCACACGAUCGGAUUCACCCACGAGCAUGAAAGAACCGACCGAGACGAUUAUGUCAAUAUUCACUGGGAAAAUGUUAUGCCUGAGAACGAAGAGAAUUUUAUAAAGCACGGGUCAUCCGACAUUGCCAACUUUGGCGUGGGCUACGAUUACACCAGUGUCAUGCAUUAUCACAGCAAAACCUUUUCCAAAAACGGUCUUGACACGGUUUCGCCUAAAAAAGCGGGUGCAACGAUUGGUGAGCAAGGAAAACUUAGCGAGCUUGAUAUUUGGAAGAUUAAUAACAUGUACUGCCCGGGUACGAUGGGGGUCAGGAUUGUGAGCCGAUUCGAUGGAGGAUGUAUUGAUGUCAAAGACAACAAUCCGAUCCAAGGUCAGAUCGUUACGGUUUGGCAGAACGAUGCGAGUGUAGAGCAACAAAAGUGGACAUUGGAUUGGAACUUAUUCCUGGACGAAAAGAUAGGCUCCCUGCUUUGGACGUGGGGUCAGAACGGGGGCGAACUUAAAGUUAUGGAUCAAAACUUUGUAAACUGGGAUGUCUCAACUUGGGGUCACAACCCGAACGCACCCAUCAUUCCAAAUCAAAAAUGGACCGGUGUACGCAUCACGGGAAAUACUUUCGCCAUCAAAAAUGUGAUGACUAGUCGAUGCCUGGUUCAUAUGGGAACCUCAAUUCGGCUUAAAACUGUUCCUUGCGACAUUAAUGAUGUAAAACAACAAUGGGAAAUUCAGAAUGCUCCGGCAUAACUUAUUGGAAAUAACCUUCACACGGAUUAAUUGUCAUUAAUUUUGUAAUUAAAAACUGGUCUUAAUUAUUUGUUGAAUAAAACUUGAACCCUGCACGAACAAUUUUUA